UUUACAUUUCCCAAAAAAUUUCAACGACAACACAAUAAUCCAAUACAACGGCACCACACUACCCCCCAAUACACCCUCAAUCCCUAACAACACCAUUCUCUCUCUUCCCAUCAUCACCUCCACACUAUGGUCUGAAAACGCUCGCGAUAUUCCGGGUCAUGGGCGCCUCGUUGUCGAACCUUGGAUCCAACGGUUCGACCAUCGGUCCAAGCCUCGGCGACAUCCCGGAGAAUUGCGUUGCUCGUGUUUUCCUCCACCUAUCUCCGCCGGAGAUUUGUAACCUAGCUCGUCUCAAUCGCGCUUUUCGCGGCGCCGCUUCCGCUGAUUCCGUUUGGGAAUCGAAAUUGCCGUCGAACUAUCAAGAUCUUGUCCGUUUAUUGCCGGUGGAACGGUGUCGGGGUCUGUCGAAGAAGGAUAUCUUCGCUGCUCUCUCUCGGCCGUUGCCGUUUGAUGACGGUAAUAAGCAAUUGUGGCUUGAUAGGGGUACUGGAAGGGUUUGCAUGUCGAUUUCGGCGAAAGGUUUGGUGAUUACUGGAAUUGAUGAUAGGAGAUACUGGACUUGGGUUCCCACUGAAGAAUCUAGGUUCAAUGUUGUAGCAUAUUUGCAGCAAAUAUGGUGGUUUGAAGUGGAUGGGGAGAUCGACUUUCCAUUUCCUGCUGAUACUUAUACUCUCUCCUUUAGACUUCACCUUGGACGGUUUUCCAAAAGGCUCGGUCGGCGUGUAUGCAAUUAUGAACAGACCCAUGGUUGGGAUAUAAAGCCUGUAAUAUUUGAGUUGUCAACAUCAGAUGGUCAACAAGCAUCAUCUGAGUGCUGCUUAGAUGAAACUGAGAACGACGAUACAUACGGCAAUCAUAAGCGAGGAUAUUGGGUAGAUUACAAGGUAGGCGAGUUUAUUGUGAGUGGAUCGAAACCUACUACUAAAGUUAGAUUCUCCAUGAAACAGAUUGAUUGUACACACUCAAAAGGCGGGCUUUGUGUAGAUUCUGUAUUUAUCGUACCUAGCGAUUUGAGAGACCGCAAGGGAGGUGGCUUUUUGAAAUAAUCAGACGUUGAAAAGAGCUUUUUUUUACCUCGAUGUGAAAUAUCCCAAAAUACUUUGUUGGGAUCUAUUACACAGCUAGACUUGUGAAGAUAAUUUAGAUUGCAGAGGAUAUCAUCUUUUGAUGGCUUUUUUCUUAAAUCUUCAUUUUGCUAGAUCUGUGGCACAUAUGUACCAACUAGUUGUAUGUAAAAUCGCAAUUUCAAUGUAUUUAUGUUCCCCCCCUUUUCUGUA